GGCAGCUCAGUAAUUCUGACAAAUAUGUUCAUAGGUACAAACGAUAGUAUAUUCUCAAACCUCCGCCAUUGAGUUCCAUACCGGGCGAAUUACAAACUAAAAUAUUUGCUUUCUGUAUCCGAUCUUGGAUCUGAUCACAUCUCAGUCACCGUCACAGUAGUUUCGACGGCGUUGUGUCUACGUCAAAUACCGGGUAUGCAAUGCAUAAGUUAAGGGUAAAUUUUGUAAUGUCGUUAAGAAGUUUUCGAACUGAGGGGUGCAUAUUGUUGCAGGCGAGCUGCUGUGUUUGGUUGAUCCUGAUAGGGAGUCUGGUGGAAGGAGGGAGAGAGCACUCGAGAACUAAGAGGUAUCUGGUGUUUCCCAGGGGGGGAAGUUUCAAAAUUGUGAUAGGAAUCGGCAUUCCAGUGAAGCUCGGUACGAUGCAGUCUAUGGCCAUAGGAUGGAAUUUUCAGGCACAAUAUAUGUUGCCACAAAAUAUCACUCAGCUGCAGAGCUAUCCACCAGUUGUUGGGAGGAGAAAGAGAGAUGGAGAAAAGAAUGAUAGAGAAUUAUUCUAUACAGCGUUAGAGAAGAUACUGGACAGUGAGGGUUACAAUGGGAGGCAGUGCAUCGUGCAGGGUAUCUGCGACACAGCAUUAGCAACGUUUCAUCAUGAUGAAAACGGCCUUUACGGAGAAUUGCUUCAUAUUUUGUUCUCGCCUAAUUAUGGAUAUGAUGACACAACACCUGACAUAGAUGCCGUUUACCUAGAUGCUCAACAAGCAGGAAGAUACGGAGUAGAUUGUAAAACACUUUUUCCUGAUUGUAACAUGAGGAGAAGUUUCCUAGAUUUGUUUUCUGUCUUAGGUAACGCUGUAAGUGUCUGAAGAAAUAAAUAAGUUUUCUAUG